AUGGACAAAAAUCUCCAGAGUCUACAGGCCUCGUCGGAGUCGAUACAGACGCUGUACUUUCGACCGCCGUACAUGUUCACCAAUUCCGUCACCACAAACCCCAACAUCAUCGACCUCAUUCGCGACCCAGAACCAGAUGAAGCGCGUCUUUUCACCAUCAACAAAGAUAUGGUACCUGAGCUCGACGUGUAUCAGGGCACGAGUAGUGCGAUUCAAGCCGCCAAAGAGAUCAGACGGGCGUAUGAGAAGAGCCGGGAAGUCAACGUUGAUGUGGUAUGCGACGCAGUUGACAACCUGACCAGAUCAUACCCCAUGCCAGGAGUCGAAGAGAAGACGGUACGAUUGCGGAAAAAGGCCCAUGAUCUGGCAGCCUCUGUUCACAGCUUGGAGAGCGUAAUUGAAGACCAGGAGCGUCAGUUGAAGAAGCUCGAUGCUACUCUUGAGAACAAAAAGCUACAGCCCUCGUUCCUGCUGUCAUCACGCACUUUUGGUGUCCCUUCCUUAGGAGGUGGUUUGUCCGAGAGAUUACCACGAGACAAGGCGACGUGGCAGAAACAGGUGGACAAAGAGAAGAACGAGAUUGAGCAGCUGAAGGCGGAGCUGGCUCGCAAACGUUCCGAAAUGGAGUGA